GCCGCCCGCCAUUCGUUUCUAUGGCUGAUACUCAACCGCCAGAACUACUUUUACCCAAUAGCAGUAGAAUAUUAGAAGCAAAUCAUUCUCUCGAGGAGACCAAGCAGCUUACUCUAAGUCACAUGCAAGACGGCAUAAAACCCAGCAACACGGACAAUUCUCAAAACAACGGUCUCUUUGAAUCCGGCUUCCUUUUGUACUCUACUUGGUGGCGGCAAAGGAGCUUAAACCAAAAUACUUGUGACUCGUGUAUGGAAGAAUGGAGCGCCCUUCCUUCGGAAGAAAAGAAGAAAUGGACAAGAAUGUAUAACAGACUACUCCACCACUACGAUAAAAGCAUGACGGGUGCGCAGCCGCCUACGACUGCCCUUCAUCCACUCGCCGCGCACAAAGACUACAUACUAGAGUCGGUCACUGAGGAUGCUCCUAAGCUGACUGCUUGUCGUAGAUUUAAUAAAAACAAUGACCAUUUUAUUGAAGUCGUGAGCUCUACUCCUUUUUUAAAUGCAGAACAAAAAGAUUCGCAUUUUGCUGAAAGUUUUGAAAAUUUGCAGGAAAUAUUUUCAAAGCUGAACUCCAAGUUAGAGAAGAACUUAAUUUCAAUGGGAAACACUUUAACAAAAAUUAGAAAACUGAAUGAAAGCAAUGUUUCUUACGAGGCAUUAAGUAAAAGCCAUGCACUUUCCGUCCUUUCCUCGGAUCAUGAGGGGGACUCCCCCGAGCUUAUUUCCCUAUGAAGGAUAUGAUUUCUCUGAGUUUGUUAAAAGACCCUUUAACC